CAGUCACACCAGAACGGUGAUGAAGUCCGGCUCAGAGUUGGUCAAAGCCAGCUUCAAGACUUUCUUUGAGAACGCGGCGGAGGACCUGGAGAAGCUGGUGGAGAUGCUGAAGCUGGGGAAGUUCAUGCAGUCCCGGGCUCAGUUGAAGAGCGUCACUCAGAGCAUCAACUACGUGACGGUGGCGCUGCUGCCCAUCCUCACCGCCCUGUUCGAGCACAUCACCACAUACGAGUUUGGAGUGGAUCUGCUCUUGAAUGAUGUGCAGCUGUCCUGUUACCGGAUCUUGGCCUGUUUCUAUUGUCUGGGAACGGGAAAGAACGUCUUUGUGGAGAAGUAUGAGUCCACACUAUUCCUAAAACAUGCAGCAGAAUUAAACAUGAUAUUUGACAAGACAUCCGACCGUGAAGAAGGUCGUGUCGUCAAGAGAGACCAUCAAACUGACGGAGACAGGACAUCUAAAGCACAACGGCGAGCCGAACUAGAGGAAGGUGUAGAAUGGAUCCUAACAAAGAGAAUGUCCUUACUGAGACGUUACUACACCGACAGAUGUAAAACACGCUCUCAAUACUCAGGUGUCGACUAA